AUGUCGCUGCCAUAUUCAUGGAAAGAUGUGCAAAGACGCAUAAUGGACCGCGGGGUCUGGGCUAAUGUUCACGCGCGAAUGUCUGCCCGCUCGCGUGUCACGAACCUGGGUGUCAUCCUGCUUGCGUGCGCAUUUUUUGUUUCCCUGCUGUUUAAUACUAGAAGCCGGAAGAUAUAUGUAACAGCUCCUACUUCAGAACAAUCUAAUUGUGAUCCAAUACCAUACAAUAUUCAUAUGCGCGAUGCCGUGCCUAAAUACCCAGGUGCCGAUAAGUCACCACUGACGCAUUUGGUUAUUGUCGCAGGCCAUGCUAUUUGGAAUGGUAACGACCCAAAUACGGUUCUUAACGAUUCUACUUGGUUCCUUGAAGACUAUCAGCGAGGUGGAAGUGUCAAGACUUUCUUGAAACACAUUGAAACGGGGAUCCAAAUUGCUGCGCAAGAUAGCUCGAGCUUACUUGUGUUCAGUGGCGGCCAAACACGAGAGCAGUCCUGGACAACCGAAGCGGAGACUUACAUGCAUCUUGCACUUGCAUUGUCGAAAGAUUUGCCUUACUUUGCUGAUUCGGAUACCGAGUUUCCAGAGUCCCAACCGCCUUUUGAGCCUCUUGACACGGGUAUGAAAUACACACGAGAUGUUUUGUCCUCAAGCUCAAUAGCCAUGCACCGGUUUCUGAAUCUGGCACAAUUACGCAUGACAACAGAGAACUAUGCGCUUGACAGUUUUCAAAACUUGUUAUUCAGCAUUGCGCGUUUCUAUGAGUUUACUGGCACAUACCCUCAAAGGAUCACGGUUGUGAGUUAUGAAUUUAAAAAGGACCGCUUCACCGACCUGCACGCACAUGCUAUUCGGUGGCCCACGAAUAAGUAUUUACCUGGUGGCUCACGUCGCUUCACCUACGUGGGCAUCGACGAUGAAGGCAGUUCUUCAGCGAAGUUACAUGACACUGCGUACGACCUUUUUGAGUUGGACAUGUAUGGGUGUUAUGGACGCCUUUUAGACAAGCGGCGAAAACGAAAUUGGAGUCGACGAAUUCAACCGUACACAAGUACAGCUCCUGAACUCGCAGGACUUUUAGACUGGUGUCCUGCUAUUAAUUCUCGUUUGCAAGGUUUGUAUCCUGGAUGGCUUCCGUGGGAUGCUCGCGCAUCCACUGGAUUGGGUCGUGGUGCACAAGCUAUUUUGAAGCAGAAUGGGGGCAAGUUCAUUCAGGCGGAGUAUCUACCUGACGGUAAAAAGAUUGUCUAA